AUGAGAGUAUUAUUAUCAUUAGUUGUAAUUUUAUUCAUUAUAAAUUCAGCCUUUGCUGUAAAGAUUAAUAUUGGUCGUCCAACCAAAUCACAUAAAACUAUCCAUCACGAAACUUGGGUAGAAGAACAAACUGAUCAAUUCGAUAAUAUUAAAGUUGGCCAAUUAUUAGGUUUCAAGAGAAGUCCAAACAGACCAAAACUUCAAAUUAAAUCUUAUGAUCCAUUAGGAGUUCAAAUUCCAACUUCUUUCAAUGCUCAAACCAACUGGCCAAAUUGUACUACCAUUAGUCAGAUUCAAAAUCAAGCAAGAUGUGGUUCUUGUUGGGCUUUUGGUGCUACAGAAUCAGCUACUGAUCGUUUAUGUAUUCACAAUAAUGAAAAUGUUCAAUUAAGUUUUAUGGAUAUGGUUACUUGUGAUGAAACUGAUAACGGUUGUGAAGGUGGUGAUGCCUUCUCUGCAUGGAAUUGGUUAAGAAAGCAAGGUGCUGUAUCAGAAGAAUGUCUUCCAUAUACAAUUCCAACUUGUCCACCAGCUCAACAACCAUGUUUAAAUUUUGUCAACACUCCAUCAUGUACUAAAGAGUGUCAAUCAAAUUCCUCUUUAAUUUAUUCUCAAGACAAACAUAAAAUGGCUAAAAUUUAUUCUUUCGACUCUGAUGAAGCAAUCAUGCAAGAAAUUGUUACUAAUGGUCCAGUCGAAGCUUGUUUCACUGUCUUUGAAGAUUUCCUUGCUUACAAAUCUGGUGUUUACGUCCACACAACUGGUAAAGAUUUAGGUGGUCACUGUGUUAAACUCGUUGGUUUCGGUACCUUAAAUGGUGUUGAUUACUAUGCCGCUAACAACCAAUGGACAACUUCAUGGGGUGAUAAUGGAACUUUCUUAAUCAAACGUGGUGAUUGCGGUAUCUCUGAUGACGUUGUUGCUGGUUUACCAUAA